AUGGACAAAUUCCACAGCCACUGCAGACCUUGCCCAUUGGGGGCCGACCAUCGUGUUCGAUUCGAUUGUGGUGAAGACCCCGCCCAGCCUAAUGCCCUCGCCCACGCUUAUGAGGAUUGCGUGCGUAAGGACGGCGAUCCGUGCUGGGUCCAUGGCAAGUCCUUUCGGAGGCAGCUUACCGGGCUGGAACGCGUUACCGUCGUGUUGCAGGUCGUCACCCUCGAGCCAGCGCCCUACGAGUCCUCUGAACUGACGAAUUGGUGCAUGGAGUACCUUGGAUCUCGUCAGGCUCUGGUCAACAACGUGUUGGCAACCGUGUCUACGGAGGCCACAACAGACAAGGGGGAGGGAUCCCCGGAGCUCGACCGCACGCAGUCGUUGCUAGCGAGUGACGUUCCGAACCCGUUUGUGCGCCGACGCUCCACCAAGUCGAGGUCGUCGUACUGGCUCGCUACCAAGAACGCCGCUGGUGAGUGGGUGUUUGCGGACAGUCCCCGCCAAGCCCGGUAUACCCAGUGGGUGAACAAGCUCAUCCCGCUACGGGGCGAGGGAGGCAGCCAGUCCACCUCCCGGGCGGGAGGGGAGUCCCACCCAGCAAGCGCGUCGAAGGGUCCCUCCACUGCGAGGUCGGAGAGCCGUAGCCAGUCCCAGACGAAGGUUGGGAACGUCUUCAUUUACACCGUUUCUGGACAACCUCCUGUACAAGUUGAGUUGGACGCCCAACCAGAGGGCCACAUGCUCACUGUCAAGAUGCGGCAGGAAGCGCUCGUGCAAGCCCUUGGCUUGAAUGUGCGAACACGCAACCUGGAUCGCAAGAUCGAGGUGUACGAUCCGAUUGCGUCGAAAUGGUUCCAUCCCUCGCACGACAAGCUCUGGUUCCGCUUGAACGUCAAGGAAGGGCUCGUCCUUCGGGCAAGUGGCGUGCGUUUCAUGCCUGGACUGGAGGAUUGUGUCCUUAAGACGUUGGCGAAAGCUCUUCGGCCAGGCACUGAGGAGUUGCCCCCUUUCCUUGCCUAUGCUGCAGCGCGCUCCUACCCGACCUUUGGGGACCAACCCCCACUCACAGUGAUGUCUGCGUCGGUGUCACAUCCCACCAACCUUCCCCUUACUCGUGGCUCUUUGGCUGGUCACAGUGCCCUCAAGACCGACACCUCCCGUGUCCGCGGUGGGCGUGUCCCCACCGCUAACGCAAUGAAGCCAGGCACUGGCACCGCCUCUCGGGUCAGCCAGGAUCCCAUCGAGAUCUCUGACGACGACAACAACGACAACAACGUCAUCGUGGGUCGGCAGACUAGGAAGGACGCUUCUCCUGGGAAGAUCGCCAAUUCGGCGUCGCGGCAGGGCGCUAGCAUCUCCACCGAGGACAAGCCUGCAACUAAGGCGAUGAAGCGACGUCGCGCUCACCCUCGCAAGUGGGUGACGGGUGACGUGAUCGACAUCUCCUCUGACGACGAUACCACCCUCCCCGAGCGCAAGCGUGCUCGUGCUCACGCGAGUACGUUCGCGUCGGGCGAAGUGAUCAACAUCUCUUCCGACGAGGACGGGUCUCCCACGGACGAUAAGCGCUCUGGAGCACGCGCGAGUACCUCGACCACGCGCGAGGUCGUCAAGCUACCUACAGACAAGGACACCACUACCAUGGGCGACAAGCGCGCUGGCGUGCAGGCGACUAAGUCUCAAUCAGGCGACAUCAUCGAGAUCUCUUCAGACGAGGACAUCACUCCCACCACCAAGACGCGCGGGCCCAAGCGCGUCUUGCGGCAGGUCAAAGAUCUGCAGCGGGUGACGAUCCCCCCCCCCGUGAGGUUCCACGGGUCUCGCCAGCGUCCGAGUAGCAUGCUUGAGGUCGGGACACAUUCCCAAGACAACGCCGCGGCCGCGGUGUCCCUACAGACCGCUGUGACUAGUGCGGUCACCUUGCCUGCGCAAGUUGCCUCAACGUCCUUGGCGGGCGUCCCUCUGGUGACGUCGGCGUCCACAGGUUGCACUGGGGCUGUCCAGAGGGAGAGCUCUCCCUCUCCCUGCGCACCGUCUAUGGUAGUGCACCCCAGGGCUUCGCCCAGCGAUCGGAAGGGGAAAGGCAGAGCGGAGGAUGAGCGUGAUGACGAGUCUGACACUACGCUGGUGUGA